UUUGAUUCUGGCGCGCGGUAACACAUGGCCGAUGCUCCGCCACGCAGCGACGAGCCAUCCGUGAACGAUGCAGGUCCUAUCUCUCCCGUGGCAUCACAGCAGACGACGACACCCAUAUCGCCGCUGAAUCUGUCGUCCCACCGACAGCUCCAUGACACGUACAAGGUGAUCACGCCGGUGAACUCGCCCAAACGGGCGCCUCAACCAACGUCGGAGGUUGGAAGUCCCCAGAAUGCUGCCGCCGCUGCCACCCAGAAACGACCGAAUCUCCAUCUGAACUUGAGUGUGAUCAAGUCUGCUCCGUCUCGACCGCUCGUCCCUAGUGCUACAGGUCGCGUGAAAAAAGUCACGAGGGACAUCGCGGCGCUGGAUUUUCUCCAGAACAUCCCCAUGUCGUCCGAGUACUACAGUUCCGCAACCGACACCAACUACCUCAACUCCCCCGUCCCCCACGACGCGAACGACGCCGUCCUAUCCGACAACGAAGACGAGCAUGCGCUAGCUGGUCGCCGUCUUCCCGGUCCCGACUGCCAAGUGGUGCGCAUGCCGCCGUUGAUUCGGUAUCGCAUGACGACCAAGUAUCCCCCUGCCUCCGCGACCGUUCGACUCUGGGAAGGCAACAUGAACGAAGUCGGACUGGUGAAUUCGAGGAUAUUCCUCUCCAGCGGCAAGGGCUACCCCGUCGCCGUCACAUCUGUGAUCAAAUACAAUGGCAACCAAACCAAGGUCCGGCAUCCUUUUCGUGAGAAUAACGUGGUGGCGCCAUAUGAUUGGCGGGGAAAGUCCUACUUUCAGCUGCUGCAUGCGACAUGGAGCGCAUGUGACAAGGAUCGCGACGCCCAAGAUAAGCACCCCGUGGUACCGCCUUAUGAACCCAACUUUCUCGAUAAUCCAGAGUACCGCCAAGGACGACACAAGGAUGUGAUUCGCGGAGAUCGAAAACUCGGUCCUAUGGUCAGCAGUAUCCUCCGCUUUGUCAAACCAAACGAUUUGAAAGAGGAAUUAAACAAACAAUUUCGAGAAACCCAUACAUGGCUGCAUGACACUGACCUGAGUUUGAGCAAAAUCCGAAAUCUCAAACAAGAAGCACUGCUUAUGGGCCAGCGAAUUCACUUGGAUAUUUCGACUGUCGCCCUAGCCUGUGUUUAUUUUGAAAAAUUAGUGCUCGAAAACUAUGUGACCAAACCGAAUCGGAAACUGUACAUGUCUGCGUGCUUGAUCCUUGCGGUCAAGUUUAACGAACCUCGGGGCACGGACGAUCUUUUGAUUGUGGUCAAGAAACUAUUGGCCGAAGUCGACCGAGUGCACUCGAUUCCAUCAAGAGAAGUGCUUGCCGUGGAAUUUAAAGUGUACACAGAGCUCUCGUUUGCCCUUCACGUUCGAUUGGCGGACCUUCAGCCCCACUUCACGCGGCUGCUGAAAUGCAUGGAAAGCAACCCGCGCAAGUACUUGGGCGAAGACAUUUUCGAAUUUUAUUCCAAGUUGGUCCACGACGAAGCGACGAUAUUGUUACCACUGAACGAACAAGAAGAUGAUGAAACCGACGGGGAAAAUGUACUGAGCGACACAGAGGAAUUAGAACAAGACGGUCGUACCGAGUCUGGGCGGCAGUCGUCGCUAUUUCCGUGGAACCAAGUGUCGUUUGCCCAGUGGUGGAAAGAUCGCACGUGAAUAUGUCGACUAAUAUUGUAGUACUAGUACUAACUACCCUCUGUCCCAGUUAACUGUGAAUCACUCCAAGCGGCAUUAUGGAGAUACGAACUCGGUGGUGAUUGUCAGGAAUAUAUUUAAAUAUAUUCUCCGGUGGAA